GUGGUUGCCAAACGCAAAGAAAAACAUUCGACAUUACAGAAAACAAAAACUAUAAAAAAAAUCUUAAUUAAUAAAAUAAAAUAUUCAGAGAGAGAGGGAGAGAGAUCGAGAGGGAUGGUGAAGGAAGAACAAUGGGCACCAGUAAUAGUAAUGUUAAUAUCAAGUGUUGCAAUGGGAUCAGUGAACGCUCUCGUUAAGAAAGCACUUGAUGUUGGUGUUAACCAUAUGAUCUUUGGUGCUUAUAGAAUGGCUAUUUCUGCUCUAAUCUUGGUUCCGUUUUCUUUCAUUUGGGAGAGGAAAACAAGGCCACAGCUAACGCUCAUGCUUUUGUGCGAACAUUUCAUCAGCGGAUUACUUGGGGCAAGUUUGAUGCAGUUUUUCUUUUUACUUGGACUAUCGUACACGUCAGCAACUGUUUCGAUGGCUCUAGUUAGCAUGUUACCUGCUAUCACCUUUGCGUUAGCCCUUAUUUUCAGGAUAGAGAAUGCGCAAAACCUGAAGAGCAAAGCAGGUGUGCUCAAAGUAAUGGGAACCCUAAUUUGCAUAAUGGGAGCUAUGUUAUUGACAUUUUACAAAGGCCCAGAGUUAUCAAAUCCGCAUUCUCAUCCACGAGCUCUUCACAACAACAACAACACGUUACAUAACAAUGGUUACGACCAAACAAAAAAAUGGCUUCUAGGCUGUCUUUAUUUGGUCAUUGGGACAGUGUUGUUGUCUCUAUGGAUGUUGUUUCAAGGGAAAUUAAGCUUUAAGUAUCCUGGAAAUAAAUUCUCAAGCACUUGUCUCAUGUCAGUCUUUGCUUCAUUUCAAUGUGCUAUUUUGAGUCUUUACAAGAGUAGAGACGUCAAAGAUUGGAUCAUCGAAGAUAAAUUCGUCAUUUUCAUCACCCUUUACGCUGGAAUAGUGGGACAAGCGAUGUCGACAGUGGUAACGUCAUGGUCCAUAAAAAUGACAGGAGCAGUUUUCGUCUCAACAUUCAGCCCCGUCAGUCUCGUCGCGGCUACCUUAUUCGACUUCCUCAUCUUACACUCUCCUUUAUACCUCGGCAGCAUACUUGGAUCACUAGUGACUAUAACAGGCCUCUACGUGUUUCUUUGGGGAAGGAAGAUUGAGACAGAUCAGUCUGUUUCGACGACUUUGAACAGUUCCCAGUUUUGUCAGAAUAAUGAAAACGAAGACCAUGUAAUAACAAAUCAUAAGGAUACUAAUUUGCCCGUUUGACAUAUUAUAUAUAGAGGUAGAUAUAUAUUGGCUAUCAUAAUCGUGAUAGUACUGUCAUUGAUCAGCUCUAUAUUGUAAGACUUAUGUUCUUAUGUAUUUCCAACUUAUUCGGAGCUAGUGUGAUAGUUUAAUUCACUCCAAAGAAUUAAAGAUAAUUACUCAAU